CCUCACUCUGGUAGUGCUGGCAGCAUCCAUCCACAGUACACACACUGUGCUGUCUGUGUUCCAGAGAGAAUAUAUCAGCUCUACACAGGGAGGAGAGGAUUAACUCAACAUCAGUUCAUCUGCAUAUUCCCAGGGAACACAUAAGCACCCAAGGCUUCUUCUCUUCUCUAUCCAACUCCAGCCAUCACAGGACUUGACACUCUCAUCGUUGGAGCACCGUUCAUCCCAACUCUCUCUGCUGUGAGAGGAUUUAAAGGAGGACACAUCUUUCUGCUUUUUGGAUUUUGCCAUUUUUGUGUUUCUUCGCUAAGUUUAGGCUUGUCAAAUUAGAGCAAUGCAAUUCACAUGACAUAGUUUAGACUAGUUCUAAGCAUCCCGUUUUUUCUUUUUUUCUUCUCCAGAGGACCUCUGACAUUUUUGACUGCUCUAUAGGGCUUGCUGCUUGUUCAUCUGAUUUGGUCAACCUGAGUGUCAGAAUGCCAUCCAGGGAGACUUACGAGGUCCGGAAGGGAGAGAAGUCUUUGGUGCACAAGGCAAAGCAGGAGGCCAACCAGCAGGACAUACUGGCUGCUGCUCUGGGGAUGAGGAUCUCAGGACCCCAGAAACCUCCAGCCACUCUCUGGCAGCCUCUCAAACUGUUUGCCUAUUCACAGCUCACCUCGCUGGUCCGCAAAGCCGCACUGAAGGAUAACAGCCUGCCGCCCAAGUACGAGAAAGUCCACAACUUCAAGGUCCACACGUUCCGGGGACCUCACUGGUGUGAAUACUGUGCCAACUUCAUGUGGGGGCUGACGGCUCAGGGAGUCAAAUGUGCAGAUUGUGGCCUGAAUGUCCACAAGCAGUGCUCCACUAUGGUACCCUGCAACUGCGUGCCAGACCUGAAACACAUCAAGAAAGUAUACAGCUGUGAGCUAACAACCCUGGUGAAAGCUCACAACACCAAGCGGCCCAUGGUGGUGGACAUGUGCAUACAGGAGAUUGAAUUGAGAGGGCUGAAGUCUGAAGGGCUCUACAGAAUAUCUGGAUUCAGCGAUUCAGUCGAAGAUGUCAAGUCGACAUUUGACAGAGAUGCUGAGAAGACAGACAUCUCUGCCAAUGCCUAUGAAGAUAUCAACAUCAUCACGGGUGCACUUAAACUCUACCUCAGAGAUUUACCCAUUCCUGUCAUCUCCUACGACGCCUACCCCAGGUUCAUCGAGACUGCAAAGCUGGAAGACCCAGAGAAGCGGCUAAAGGCCUUCCGUGAGGCUCUGGAACUGCUGCCUGCAGCACACAGUGAAACCCUGAGGUACCUCAUGGCCCAUUUAAAGAGGGUAACGUUGAAUGAGAAGGACAACCUGAUGAAUGCGGAGAACCUGGGCAUUAUUUUUGGGCCCACUCUCCUGCGUGCCCCCAACCUGGACGCCAUGACGGCACUCAACGACAUCCGCUACCAACCGCAGGUGGUGGAGUUCCUCAUCAAAAAUGAAGACAUCCUCUUCUGAAAACAGACACAUCCAUCCUGCUAAGAUAAGGAAGACAUCCUCUUCUGAAAAACAGACACAUCCAUCCUGCUAAGAUAAGGAAGACAUCCUCUUCUGAAAAACA